AUGGUCUCGCCGCGGCGGUCAGGCCGCACGCCCUCCGAUCGCAACUCGAGAUGGCACAACAAAUUGUCACCCCGCCAGAAGUCGCCCUCUCCCACAACCCUCUCCGACGACACCAUGCACCCUCAAUCAGGUUCCUUGAACUCUCCCGAAGAAUCUCGCCAGACCCGUCGAGCCACCAGAGCUCAGCACACACACCCCGACGACGUCGAUCAACAGAGCCAUCUCAAUGACGCUGACCCCGAUGCCGACGGCGACGAUGAGAUUACCCACNAACGUUACUCGCGCUACCUGCCCGUCAUGAAGCCAGAGCCCAAGAGUGCUCGAAAAGCCUCUCUUACAAAAGAGACAGAGUCCGCAAAGGCCCGUCGGGAACAGCGAGAGAGCCAAAACAGAGCCAGUGUCGAAUCGUCAACAGGCAAGAGGAGGUCCACAAUGAACAGCCGCCAGGCCUACGAUGAUGAAGAGACAUUACGCCGAAUCAUCGAAGAGACGAAGGAUGACGGCGAGUCAACUCCAGCAGUGCGCAAAGGAAAGCGCGGACGGGACGAUAGCGAAGAGUCAGUGAAGAACCUGCUCAUCACAGCGAACAAGCAUCUGACGAAUUUCGACAGCUCCAGACACGAAAUCAAGCGCCAACGAACCGGCUCAGAAUCCCCCAAUCCUCCAUCCACACUCAACACAGGCUCGUUGGACGCGGACUCAGAUGAUGAUGGCACACACCCCAAAUCAAUUAAGAAAGCACGAAGCGCAGCUGCCGAAGUCUUGAGACAGAGAGAAGCUAAAGAGCGAGAACGUAUGCGUGAUGAGAAGCGCAAGGAGGCUGCAGGAAGACGCAGCGAAAGAGCUGGGCGAAGGAGAGCAGAUGGUACGCUGGACCAAGAUGAGCAAACGAGACCAAUUGACCUGACUAUUCGCGCAGAGUCAGAUCCGCUUGACGACACACCGAAACACAUGGGCACACCCAACCUGCCUGCAUCACAACCUCCCAGCCCACCUGGUUCAGCGCCGCCAAUGGUCCCAGGAAGCUCACACAAGAAGGGCACAGCCAAGAAGCAGAAACGACUAGGUCGUAACCAAUACUCAGCAGCGAAAGCCACUUCCAAUCCCACAGAGGCUGCUUCGGUCAAUCCGAACGCUAGCAGUGGUGACGAUCCAACGACCAACAGCACAUCCGACUCCAAGAACAGCCCCAGUAGCAACACCGAGACACCCGCCGUAGCAGCAUCCGCUCCUCCUCCCAAAGCCAAAGGCGGAAAAUGGGGUGGACGUGCCAAAAACCCGCGACAAGCUGCCAUCCAAGAAGCCGAGAUUGUCACCAAAGACAAUCGCGACAGCAAGAGUCAGAUGACCAUAACCGACAUGAAGAAACGCACAGGCAUGAUGAUGGACUACAUUGCAAAAGCACAGGUCGAUAUGGCGGGCGACCGCACACCACUCAACAACACCCAACAAGGAGCCGACAAGUCUGCCGACUUCAAGCAGCUCAGCAGCAGGGAGAUGAUGGAUGUCUUGACCAGACACAUCAUGACAUGGCAANAGGAGUAUGCAACUGAGGCUGCUUCCACCACUGCCUCUUCGCUCGUCGUAUGA